AUUACUAAAGUAACCGUUGAAGAAAGUAGUCUGUUCCCGUUCUCCUUGACAUUGUUAUCGGCAGUCCACUACUGGCCUCAACGACUCCAUUAGGGGUCAUCGUCUUAAAUUCAUUCAUCCCAAAGUCAAUCAGUUCAUUUUCUCGCUCAAAAUAAAUGACGUUGACAGUUUAGUCAAAAUUUGUGACCCGAUUUAAUGUAAUUCCGUCAUCCUCCUAUGGCUGAAGAUUCGAAAAGCAGCGACGCAUCAGAUAGUUCUUCAGAGAGUGCGAAUGAACCCAUCAAACCUCAAAAACCAAUACCAAAACCUCUAAUUCAAGGAAAAAUCACGAAAAAACGUAAAAAUAUUAUUUCAGUGUGUUUGACAAAUUGCCGCUAUGAAGUCAUUAGGAAAAUCGCUGCCAAAUUUGCAUACAAAGAGGUGAGCGAAAAUGAAAAUUGGAAUUUGUAUUGGACUGACCUUUCUAUUACGGUCGAACGGUGCAAGGAAAUGAAACGGUACCAGAAAAUCAACCAUUUUCCAGGAAUGUUGGAAAUAUGUAGAAAGGAUCUCUUAGCACGGAAUCUCAACAGAAUGCUCAGACUUUUUCCCAAAGAAUAUAAUUUUUUUCCAAGGACCUGGUGUCUGCCUGCUGAUUUGGGUGAAGCCCUAACUUAUAGUAGAUUGCGUCGGAACAGAACUUUUAUAUUAAAACCGGACGCCGGAAGCCAAGGACGGGGAAUUUUUGUAACAAAAAGUUUGAAAGAUAUUAGACCAUGUGAUAGGGGAGUUUGUCAAGUCUACAUCAACAAACCUUAUCUUAUAGAUGGUUACAAAUUUGAUUUGAGAAUAUAUACAUUAAUUACUUCAUGUGACCCCUUACGAAUUUAUAUUUAUGAAGAAGGUUUAGUCAGAUUUGCGACCACAAGGUAUAAAGAACCUAACGCAGUUAACAUUUCUAAUGUUUUCAUGCAUUUAACUAACUAUGCAGUAAAUAAAUACAGUCGAACUUACAAUCAAGACACAGAGGCAGGUAGCAAAAGAAAAUUGUCGUGGUUUAACAAUUAUUUACGAAAACUGGGUCACGAUGUUGAAGGUAUUUGGAAAAGAAUCGACGAUGUUAUUAUUAAAACAGUAAUAAGUGCAGCUCCUGUCUUAAAACACAGUUACGCCGCUUGUUUUCCCAACCAUGAUGUGAUUCCGGCUUGUAGUGAAUUACUAGGAGUUGAUAUUAUCCUAGAUAAAAGACUAAACCCUCAGAUUUUAGAAGUGAAUCACUCUCCUAGUUUUCACACAGAUACAGCUCUAGAUUGGGAGAUUAAAGAAGCUCUUCUUUCGGAUAUGUUUGCAAUGAUGAAUUUAGACAAAUGUGAUAAAAGAAAAGUCAUGAGAGAAGACAGAAAACGUAUAAGAGAAAGAUUACUUCACGGCAAGGAUCAUCAGCCUCCGGUCGUAGUCAGUUUUGACGAUUAUUACAGACUUGAGAUGAACAGUCGUGGAGGAUUCAGAUUUGUCUAUCCAACUCAAACAACUAAAGUACAUUACAACAAAUUUUUUGAUCAAGGACAAGGCUCGUUAUAUUCCGAAACUGCAGCUAGCAGAGCAAGAGAAGCAGCCCAAAACGCUUUACGAGACGAAAUGCAACUGAAAGCAAGAUUGGAAGCUGCAAAACGAGUGGUGGUUCCACCAAUAAAACCCCCAGCGCCCAAAAAACUAGAAACACCGAAUCAAAACAAACCAACGUCGAAAUCUACCGCAGCGUUGUCUGUAAUGAGUUCAUCAGAACCACAAAUGAUUGUUGAAUCAGAAGAAAGAGAUCGGCUUCAAAGACUAGCUCAAAGGGAGUAUCUUAUUCGAAGUCAUGGUAUUUUGGAACAUGUCUAUUUUUCAAUGAAGAAGAAUGGAAAUUUGAGACCUCGCGAUGAAAAAAAGUUUGCAAUUUUCGAUAAGAUACGCGCUACGAAUGAGAAUAAUUUUAACAAGCAAAAUGGUAUUGCUAUAUCGGAUCUUGUGGAGUCGAUCAAGGCGAAGUCGAGUAUCUGAUGGAUUGAUAAUGGGCUGAGACAAUUCUAAUAAAAUUGUGAUUUUAUUAAGAUACGUUUAUUUGCCCAUUUGACAAUAAUCAAAUUAUUCUCAGUAAUAAUGUACUUUUAUCUAUUUUAAGACGAAUUUAUAUCAACAACUUUGUUUAUUUUUUACUUUUAAGUAACACUUACAUUUUUUUACUGUUAUGUCCGCGACAGAUGUUUACUUUUCUCUCUCUACAUACACAAUCGUAUAAAUGAAGAAUAAUUGU